UUGGGUCUGAAGCGGCUGCUGUGGGCGCCGACGGAGCGAGCGGGCGUGCUGAGCGGGCGACAGCGGCGUGGGAUCUGCCUCUCUGCGAGCAGCUGGGAGCGGCGGCGGCCGCGCCAUGAGCGGGGGCACCCCUUACUUACAUCGGCAGCAAGAUCAGCCUCAUCUCCAAGGCGGAGAUCCGCUACGAGGGCAUCCUCUACACCAUCGACACCGAAAACUCCACCGUAGCCCUUGCCAAAGUUCGAUCCUUUGAUACAGAAGACAGACCAACAGAUCGUCCAAUACCACCUUGAGAUGAAGUCUUUGAAUACAUUAUAUUCCGUGGGAGUGACAUUAAAGACCUUACUGUUUGUGAGCCACCAAAACCACGGUGUUCUUUGCCUCAAGACCCAGCUAUUGUUCAGUCCUCACUAGGCUCAUCGACUUCUUCAUUCCAGUCCAUGGGUUCUUAUGGGCCUUUCGGCAGGAUGCCCGCAUGCAGUCAGUUCAGUCCAAGUUCCUUAACUGGGCAGCAGUUUGGUGCUGUUGGUGUUGCUGGAAGCUCUUUGACAUCCUUUGGAACAGAAACAUCAAACAGUGGUACCUUACCCCAAAGUAGUGCGGUUGGUUCUGCCUUUACACAGGAUACAGGAUCUCUAAAAACACAGUUAUCUCAAGGUCGCUCAAGCCCUCAGUUAGACCCUCUGAGAAAAAGCCCAACCAUGGAACAAGCAGUGCAGACCGCCUCGGCCCACUUACCUGCUCCAGCAGCUGUUGGGAGGAGUCCUGUAUCAACCAGGCCUUUGCCAUCUACCAGCCAAAAGGCAGGAGAGAAUCAGGAGCACAGGCGAGCUGAAGUACACAAAGUUUCAAGGCUAGAAAAUGAGCAACUCAGAAAUGAUAGCAAGAGACAAGUAGCUCCAGGUGCUCCUUCAGCUCCAAGGAGAGGGCGUGGGGGUCAUCGGGGUGGCAGGGGAAGAUUUGGUAUUUGGCGAGAUGGGCCAAUGAAAUCUGAGAAAGACUUUAAUAUAAUAAAAAAUAAAAAAAAAAUUAAAAAAAGUGCAAAUGCACAAUUCAACAACGAAGAGAUUGACAGAGAGUUUCAUAAUAAACUUAAAUUAAAAGAAGAUAAACUUGAGAAACAGGAGAAGCCUAUAAAUGGUGAAGAUAAAGGAGACUCAGGAGUUGAUACCCAAAACAGUGAAGGAAAUGCUGAUGAAGAAGAUCCACCUGGACCUAAUUGCUAUUAUGAUAAAACUAAAUCCUUCUUUGAUAAUAUUUCUUGUGAUGACAAUAGAGAACGGAGACCAACCUGGGCUGAAGAAAGAAGAUUAAAUGCUGAAACAUUUGGAACCCCACUUCGUCCAAACCGUGGCCGUGGGGAAUACGGAAGCAGAGGAGGUCUUGGUUUCCGUGGUGGCAGAGGGCGUGGUGGUGGCAGAGGUGGUACCUUCACUGCCCCUCGAGGAUUUCGCAGUGGAUUCAGAGGAGGUCGUGGGGGCCAGGAGUUUGCAGAUUUUGAAUAUAGGAAAGACAACAAAGUUGCUGCAUAGUCUACAAACAAGUCUCUGAAAAUAGGUGAAUUUCUAGCUCGUCAUGGUCCUGAACAUUGAUUUCAGUCUUUGCAAAGAAUGAAGAAGUGAAUUCGCUGUACAUUUGUCACCAGCACUGGGUUUUUGUUUUUUGUUUGUUUUUCCACUUAAUUUCAAAGAUAAAAUGCAGUUACUUUUGGAGGUGGAAGGCUCAUCUUAAAACAUGAGCAUUCAAUAUAUUUGGAAUAGCAGAAGGUUAAAUAAUUUCUUAUGCAUAGUUAAACUAAAGCAGUACUUCAGUGGGACUUACAAGUAUUUUUUCAUCACUGAAAGUUUUUUUUUAAUCACUAAAUUGUAUUUGGCAAUUGCAAGUUGCCUGCAAAUAGGGCCAUGAUACUGUGUUUUGAGCCACAGAAGGUUGUGUGUGUGUGUGCACGUGUGUGUGUGGUGUGUGUGUGUGUGUGUAUCUUUUUCCUCCUUUCUUUUGGGGAAUCCUGUAAUAUGAGGUAGUUUAUUUCGUCAAUUAAUUAGGGUGCU